AUGGCGGUCAGAACUGUGAAAGUGAGCAAUGUGUCACUGGGUGCUACAGAGCAGGACAUCCAGGAGUUCUUUUCAUUCUCCGGGAUAAUCGAAUAUGUCGAGAUAAAGAGCGAGAGUGAGCGGUCUCAAACAGCAUUCGUCACUUUCAAGGAACCUCAGGGAGCUGAAACUGCUGUUCUUCUUACGGGAGCCACUAUAGUUGACCAGGCAGUCAACAUUGCUCUCGAACCAGAUUAUGUGUUGCCGCAUGCAGCAUCUGCCCCGUCCUAUGCAUCAGAUGACAAGAACACAGGCGGCACUGCCUCGUCAGCCGUUCAAAAAGCUGAGGAUGUGGUGAGCAGCAUGCUAGCGAAGGGUUUCAUCUUAGGAAAAGAUGCACUCAACAAGGCCAAAGCCCUUGACGAGAAGCACCAAGUCAUAUCUACCGCCACAGCCAAAGUGGCCUCAUUGGACCAAAAAAUCGGCUUGAGUGAGAAAAUCACAAUUGGGGCUUCAAUAGUCAACGACAAGGUCAAGGAAGUUGACCAGAAGUUCCAAGUAUCCGAAAAGACGAAAUCGGCCUUUGCAGCAGCCGAGCAGACCGUGAGCACGGCUGGCUCGGCCAUUAUGAAAAACCGUUAUGUCUUGACCGGUGCUUCGUGGGUUACCGGAGCUUUUAACAGAGUUACUAAGGCUGCUGGUGAGGUUAGCCAGAGGACGAUGGAGAAAAUGGCCGAGGGCGAACAUGGAAAAUCCUCGUCCGAAGGGUAUGCAGAGAUUCAGACGUCUGGAUCGCCAAAGGCAAGCGCGGGUGAUAAGAAACCUUCUUCUCCAAAGGGAUUGAUUCUCUGA